CCUGGGAUUGUUACACCUAAAAAAUAAGGACAAAACAUCAGCAGAAGGCUAACAAGAAAGAAGAAAAACAAGUUAUACUUUGGCUAGUAUGUUGAAGCAUAGAAUAACAUGCAAUUCACAAUAUUUACCAUAUCUUUUACCUUACUUUCACAGCCAUAAUAACAACUCAAUUAAAACUGCUGUCACCUUUCACUCUUCCUCCUCCACCACUACUCGGAAAUCAAACGUCGGACGGCCUCUGGCAUCCGUAUUUUGCCGUGCAAGGAGGAGAGUUAUAUACGAUAAUGAUGACGAAGAAGAUGAUGAAGAAUAUGGACAUAAUGAAGAAAUAGCAAUGUUAGAGUUUUAUAGUCAAUCAGUGAGAAAUGAAGCUCUUCUUGUGAAAGCUAUUGUGAAUGAGGAAGAAGUGGAAGUUUUAAUAUUCAAAGGGUUUUCUUCUUGUUUGAGUUAUGGGACUUGUCCAGAUCCAUCAAAGAGUGUGAUUCCAGCUAGGGCAGUGAUUAAAUGUGUAGAUAGAAUAAAAGGACCUUUUGACCCUUCUAACAUUGAAUAUUUGGAGAAAGGAUUAACUAUGGAGGACAUCAAGGCUAGGGUUUUCCCAAUGACAAAUUAGAUAUAUCUGGCGCAGAGGCGGAUUCAGAAUUUGAACUCUGCAUGUUCUAUAUUUACGGUUCUUAGUUAUAAAGUUGUGGGGCUUACAUCUGCUAUUUAUUACAAUUUUUGUAGUUUUUUCCACAUAAAUUUAUGGUUCGCUUCGAAAAUAUUAAAUUCAGAUGAAUUCGGAAUUCCAUUACAUUAGAUUCGCCCCUGCCUAGGGCAAGUUCAAAUUCAAUUUGCAGCUUUUGUAUCAUAUGCAUGCCCAAAUAUGACACUUACAUUUUUUUGUUUCAAAGUAAUUACCUU